GCCGAUCGGGUUUCACAUCCCACAAAUACACCCCGACCGGCUGCUCGGCUGCAGAUCUUCAUCCAAUAAGCACCAGGCUGCAGCUGAAGCGUCUCUGCACACAGAAGAAGAACUUCUCGGCAGACAUGAGUGGAGCGGUAGAAAUCGAGCGCUGCGAUCUGGACAUUAAGACCAACAGCAGGAACCAUCGCACCGAGCUGUUUGGAGGGGAGCGCUUGAUUGUUAGGAGGGGACAGCCCUUCAGCGUCAUUCUGCACCUGUCACCCGGCAGCAAAGCGCUCACACCGGGUGGAACCGGCUUCACGCUCAUUGUUGAAACCGGCCCGUUGCCCAGAAAAGAAUCAGACACGAAGGCUUCCUUCACCCUGACUGACUCCACAUCAGAGACCGAGUGGAGCGCCUCCACCACCAGUGAUCCGUCUGGAAAAAUAGCAUCUGUGUCCAUCACCUCCUCCCCCAACGCCCCCAUCGGACUCUACUCUCUGGAGGUGGACCAGGACGGACAGAAGACCAGCUUAGGACGGUUCAUCCUGCUCUUCAACACCUGGUGCCCCAGAGAUGCUGUUUACAUGCGCAGUGAGACGAAGAGACAGGAGUACGUUUUAGCUCAGCAUGGACAGGUCUACAGGGGAACGCACAAAAGGAUCAAAGGUUCUCCUUGGAACUUUGGACAGUUUGAAACAGGAAUCCUGGAUAUCUGUCUGAAGAUCCUGGAUGACAACCCUAAGUUUGUGUCGGAUGCGGAUCAGGACUGUUCUGCCCGGAGGAACCCGGUCUACGUGAGCCGGGUUCUGAGCGCCAUGAUCAACAGCAACAACGACAGAGGCGUCCUGGUGGGAAACUGGGGGGAGAUCUCAGACGGGGUUCAUCCAGGAGCGUGGAUCGGUAGUGGAGAUAUCCUGCGUCAGUGGGCAGAGAGCGGUCCGGUGCGCUACGGCCAGUGCUGGGUGUUUGCUGCCAUCGCAUGCACAGUGUCUCGGGCUCUGGGCAUCCCAUGUCGGGUGGUCACUAACUUUGGAUCGGCUCACGACACCGACGCCAACCUGGUGAUAGAGAACCUGUACGACGAGGACGGAAAAAGGAUUUCUGGGGGAGAUUCGGUGUGGAACUUCCAUGUGUGGGUGGACAGCUGGAUGACUCGUCCUGACUUGGGACAGGAGUUUGACGGGUGGCAAGCAAGCGAUCCGACCCCUCAGGAGACGAGUGAAGGUGUUUUCUGCUGUGGACCGGCUCCAGUGAAGGCCAUCAAGGAAGGAGAGCUGACCAAGAAAUAUGACGCACCUUUUAUUUUUGCUGAGGUCAACGCGGACAUCGUGGACUUGGUGCGGCUCUCGAAUGGAGAGUUUGUGAAGUUCAGCGGAUCGACGAAGUCCGUUGGACGUUUUAUCAGCACCAAAGCCGUGGGUUCAGACGACAGACACGACAUCACGCAUAAGUACAAAUAUCCAGAAGGCUCAAAGGAGGAGAGGCAGGUGUAUGAGAAGGCUCAGCACCACAACAAGCUCCAACAACGAGGGGCAGAACCAGGACUCCAUCUCAAGAUCAAGCUGGCUGACAACAUGAUCGUGGGCUCAAACUUUGAAGUGUUCGCCGUCCUCACCAACAACCACAUGAAGGCCAGAACCUGUAACUUCCUCUUCUUCGCCAGAGCCGUCGGCUACAACGGGAAACUGGGAGACGGCUGCGGGUUCGCCUCAGAUAAGGUGGAAGUUCCCUCUGGAGAAGAAAGGCGUCUGUCUCUGAAGCUGGAAUAUGACAGCUAUGGAUCAGCCAUCACGUCUGACAGACUGAUCCAGCUUUCAGCCAUCACCAUCGACAAACAGACCAUCGAUUUCUGUAAAGCUGAGAAGACCAUCGUUCUGGAUGAGCCCGAAUUAGAGAUCAAGCUGCUCGGAGAAGCCACACUGAACCAGAAGGUGACGGCUGAGCUGAGCUUGUUGAACCCGUUACCAGAACCGCUGCAGGACUGCAGCUUCACCAUAGAGGGAGUCGGCCUCACUGACGGCAAACCCAUAACGGCAAAGAUCGGAUCUGUGAACCCCAAACAGGAAGCCAAAGCCAGCAUCGAGUUCACUCCCACCACCGCCGGCUCCUGCGUUCUCCUGGGGAACUUUGACAGCAACAAACUGAGGAACAUCAAGAGCUUCAUCAACGUUACUGUGAAGAAUCUAACCUCUAACAGUCUAACAGCACCGACAGCUUUUAGUGCAGAUUAACUGGAUGACUGUGGUUUACAUUACAGGGCUGCAUUUGACCUAUAGAAAGUGAAAGUUUAUUUUUCUAAAUCCACUUAUUGUAUGAAAAAACAUCACAAUAAUAUAUUGUAAUUGUAUUAACAAACACAGCUAGUGUAUAUUGCCUCUCUACAAUGCAAUAAAUACUUCCCUCAAACUAA